CGAAAGCCUAUAAUUGCGAAUGUGGAUACUGUAACAGCAAUUGUAAAGGCUUCAGACUGUUUGCAUAACUUUCUGGAACAAAACAAUGGAAAUAAUCCAUAUUGCCCACACGAUCUGGUAGAUUUUGAGGAUAGAUAUGAAGGGUCUAUGGAAGCAUUGGGAUCAUGGCAUGUAGCAACGCAUGGAGCCGCUUCGCAACCUAUCAGAAAUGCAGGCAACGAUAACAAUACACAACGUGCUGCCAAUAUCAGAAUCGAGUUCACAGUUUACUUCAAUAACAAGGGUGCUGUAAAAUAGCAAGACGAAGCAAUCGAUCGCUAAUGAAUAAGACGCGACUGUUUCGUUUCAUAUUCCGCUCUACAUAUCUUCAAAUCUUGAUCCUUGAAGUAUUGUU